GUUGUCCACAACGCACCACGAAUCCCGGAAGUAACGUAGGUAUGUGGAAAAUGAACUUCCGUCUUAUAAACAGUCUACAGAACAGGUUUGGGUUACAAUAUGUAUUUCUGACAGUCAGCUAAAAUUUCUACGGCAAUGGCUGAGAAGGAAGUGAAGGAAGCGUUCAUCCGUAAUCUCAACGGCACCAGUUUAGCAGAAGUGACUCUUGGAUUAUCUCUCGCUCCAGUGGUCCUCAUUAACAGAAGCCUCAUCCUAAUUCUUUACUACCAGGCCAAAAGGACUCUACCACUGCCUUUUCCUAUCAUUUCUCACCUGUUCCUGGACUUCUCUGUGCUGAUCCUUCCCCUCACCCUGUCAUGCACCAUUCUGAGCAGCAACAUCCUCCAUGUUUUCACCAGCCUCGCAUUUGUCUCAGCUUGCGGGGUUUGCUACAUCUGUUUCACCAGCACUCAGUCCCAUGCCCAGCCUCUACAGAAGAGUGUCAGGAUUUUCUUACAAAGUCACACCCAGUUCAACCAGGUUCCCUUUGUGACCCUCUUUCGAGUGUUUGUGAAUGUGAAAACAGCCAUCAGCAUUCUUGCGGUAGACUUUGCCAUCUUUCCAAGAAGAUAUGCUAAAACGGAAACCUAUGGGACAGGGGCUAUGGACUUUGGAGUUGGAGCGUUUGUGUUUGCAAAUGCUCUGGUCUGUCCUGAGGCAAGGAGGAAGAGCAUCUCAGGAUCCAAGAUGAGUCACGUCACAAAGCAGAUCCUAUCUGUCUGGCCCCUGCUUGCUCUUGGCUUUGCUAGAUUUGUGAGCGUCAAAAUGACCAACUACCAAGAACAUGUGACAGAAUAUGGUGUCCACUGGAAUUUUUUCUUCACACUAGCAACCGUCAGAGUCCUGGCUUCUGUGCUUUUGACCUUUUUACCAGCCAGACAAAUGUGGAUUCUCGGUCUUGUGAUUGGUAUGUUUUAUCAGUUUAUUUUAGAGGCAACAGAGCUAAAGGUUUUCAUUAUGCACAACAAUGACAGAGAAAAGGACUUUCUACAUGCCAACAAGGAGGGAAUAUUCUCUCUGGCUGGUUACGUUGCCAUUUAUCUGAUAGGAGUUCAGAUUGGACUCUAUGUGAUGCAACCAAGAUCUCGAGUUAGUGAGUGGCUCAGAAUGCUUUUAAAUCUUUUUUUGGGAAGUCUGGUCUUGUUUGGUUGCUUGCACAUUUGUCAGAAUCUGGUGGAACCCGUGUCUCGCCGCUCUGCAAAUUUCCCUUUUGUCCUUUGGACUGUCGCUCAGUCUUUGUACCUUCUAUCUUGUCUUGGUCUAGCCGAUAUGGUUUUGCUGUUCUCAAAAAGAACAUCUGGCUGUCACGCCAUACCGUCGUCACUGAAUUUGUAUAAGAAAGGAGCGGACAGCGACGAACUGAGCGGCAAGGAGAGAGGAGAAACCGAAAGACUCUGCUUCAUCCAAGCUGUUAGCAGGAAUCAGCUGUUGUUUUUCUUGCUUGCAAAUCUCAUGACUGGACUGACCAACUCUCUAGUGGACACACUUAGUUGUAGCAGUUCAUUUUCAGUGUGUGUUUUAUUGCUCUACAUGUUCAUAAAUUGCUUGGUGAUGUACGUUUUACAUUUGUGUGGAAUUACAGUUAAAUUCUGGUAAGGAAAUUCAAAGCAUUUAGUUGCAAAAUUCUAUAUGUGUGGUGAAAAUGCUCUGUUGUUACAAACGUAUGUAUUGAGUUUGUCUCUGGAUAAAGGACGACUUGAACUAAAUAUUUAUGGGAGACUAAACUUUUGCGUCCUGCUUUUUUUUAAAUGACCUUCACUGUUAACCACAAAUGAAUGAGUUCCACCUACGUCAGAACAGUCAUCUGUAAAACUGGCACUGGUUUUCCAGGAAUGGAUUAAAAAUGUAACAGGAAAA